UUCCCGUCUUCGAAAGAAUUCACAAAGAUGAUCACGAGUGUCGGUUUCGUGCUGUCCCUUAUUUCUCUAUUUUAUUUACAAUUCACCCCUACGAGUUGUCAGAAUUUUUUCAAUACUCAUGCCUCCAUGGGUGGUCAUUAUUUCGCAUACAAGUGGCCGAAUGGAUCAAAUAUUGUUUGGUAUCCCGAAAGAAAUAAUACGCCGCAUUCAGGGGGAGCAAUCGACUGUUUCGGGAUUGGGAAAACAGCAGCUACGGGAUUAGAGUGGUUUUUCAGGAAUAAUAAUUCAAAUUCAUUGGAUGUCAGGUUCUUCCUGUCCUCUAGAAGAAAUCCCAGACGUAUGCAGGUCCUCGUAGGACCACAAUUCGGACUGGAAUGGACCGAUUUUUCAAUACAGAGAAAAACUGUUAUUAUUGUUCAUGGGUUUUUAUCUCAUGGACAUGAAGAUUGGAUUCACAGGAUGGAGGAGGCAUUCCACAGAUGGGGAAAUGUAAACGUAAUCGUUGUAGACUGGAGUGCUCAUGGAAACACUUGGAAUUAUUAUAAAGCAGCGGUGAAUGCAAGAAUCGUAGGCCAAGAAAUAUCGAAAUUCCUUUCACAUAUUGUCAACGCUACACGUGAACAAUCAGUGCCUGAAGCAUCCUGGGCACCCAUUCACAUGGUGGGACAUAGUCUGGGUGCACACAUAUGUGGCAUUACUGCCGAUUACUUCAAGAAUUAUUCGACACCGUGGGAGAUCAAGAGAAUCACUGGACUCGAUCCAGCUCAACCCUGUUUUAGAGUCAACGAUUUAUCUCUUAAUAAGAGGCAUGCACCACUCGUCGACGUCAUUCACACCAAUGGCAAAUUAUUCUCCAGUAUUGGACUUGGAUUGCCGGACCCAAUAGGGCACAUGGAUUUUUAUCCAAAUGGAGGAAAACGUCAGCCAGCUUGUAUUAACAUCGAAACCUCCGCAUUCGAUUAUCUUGGAAUUCCGAAGAGUGCUGUUGAACAAGCAAUAUGCAGUCAUGGUUUUUCUCACGCGUAUUUCAUUCAAUCGAUUUUAUCAGCGGCUUCAGGGGGCUGUCACUUUUGUGGACACAGUUGGGAUCUGACCUGCAGACAUGCACAACAGAUCAUCAACGGAACUUCCAGUCUACCAGGAAAUUGUGUAGAAAUGGGUUUGAAUGCUGAGAAUUUUUCACUUAGGGGAAGUUUCUUCGUCAUGACUUCUAAUACUACUCCUUUCUGUGACGUAAGCUCCAGAGAUCGCACCCAGAUAGCACGUCGGAUAUCAGAAGAUUUUGCAGGUCAAUGUCAAGAUUAAAAACGUCGAGAAAUUUCUCGACGAAAAUUAGCGAAUUAUAGAAUUAGUAGUUAUUCAUUUAAUGGUUCUUAUUCGUGGCUCCGUUCUUCGAGUUUCAACUCAGAAAUCAAGAAUGUCCUUUUAUUCUUGUUCUAUUUAGAUUUAUUUUAAUCAAUACUACCGUUGCAUAAAUUUAAU